AUGCCAGAGAAAGAAGAAGCUAUGUUCCGUUCUGCGGACAUGUCCUUGGUACAAUUGUACGUCCCUACAGAUGUGGCCAGAGACAUCAUCUACAAGAUUGGACAAUUGAACAUUAUCCAAUUCAGAGACUUGAACUCCAAAGUCAAUGAAUUCCAAAGAUCUUUCGUUAAGGAAUUGAGACGAUUGGACAAUGUUGAACGUCAAUACAAUUUGUUUAAGCGUGAAUUGGUCUUACGUAACAUUGACAUCGCCAGUUUCCCCUACGACAUGAACAUCCCUCAACAAACUGAUAUUGAUGAAUUGUUGGAAAACUCUCAAUUGUUGGAAGACCGCGUAGUUCAAUUGAAGGAUUCCGUGGAAACCUUGUACGACAACCAAAAGUACUUGAAACAGUUUAGAUACACCAUUCAAUCAGUUGAUAACUUCUUUGCAUCUCAAUCUGACGACGUCCCUGCAGCAGGAGCUGAAACUGCGUUAUUGUCCCAAUAUGAUAUUGGUAGAGCAGAAGAUCACGUUCGUUCGGCAUCUUCAUUCAUCUCUGGGGUCAUUAAUAGAGACAAGGUUGCUGCCUUGCAACAAAUCUUGUGGAGAGUAUUAAGAGGUAACUUGUACUACCAUAGUGAAGAAUUACCUGAAUCUAUUUAUGACGCUAAGCACAACACUUAUGUCGACAAGAACUCGUUCAUUAUCUUUAGUCACGGGUCAAUUAUUCACGAUCGUAUUAAAAAGAUUUGUGAAUCUUUGGAUGCCGAUUUGUACGACGUUGACACCUUAUCCAGUAGAAGAGUUGAGCAAUUGUUGGAGGUCAAUUCUAAGUUGACCGAUUUAAGUACUGUCUUGGUUGAAUCGGAAAAUGCACUUUCUUCAGAAUUAAUUGCCAUUUCUCGAGAUUUAGGUAAAUGGUGGGAAAUACUUGCUCGUGAAAAGGCUGUUUACCAAGCCAUGAAUAGAUGUGAUUAUGACGGAUCAAGAAAGACUUUAAUUGCUGAAGGUUGGGUUCCAACUGAUCUGAUUUCAGACUUGACCAGUUCUAUCCAAGCGUACGAUCAAUCACAAUCUAUUCCAACUAUUAUCAACAUUUUAGAUACCAAUAAAACACCACCUACAUUUGCAAGAACCAACAAGUUCACUUAUGCUUUCCAAUCCAUUUGUGACGCUUAUGGUGUUGGUAAAUAUCAAGAAAUCAACCCAGGUUUACCUACAAUUAUUACCUUCCCAUUCAUGUUUGCCAUUAUGUUUGGUGAUUUGGGUCAUGGUUUUAUUGUUGCCCUUGCUGCUGGAACUUUGGUUUGGAAUGAAAAGAAGUUGGCCACUAUCAAAAGAGAUGAAAUUUUCGAUAUGGCUUACACUGGGAGAUAUAUUCUUUUAUUGAUGGGAUUAUUUUCCAUGUAUACUGGGUUUAUUUACAAUGAUAUCUUUUCUAAAUCCAUGAAUUUGUUUACUAGUGGUUGGGAAUGGCCAGAGAAGUUUGCCAUUGGAGAAACUCUUCAUGCCAAGUAUUCUGGAUCGCCAUAUAUUUUCGGGCUUGAUCCAGCCUGGCACGGUACUGAAAAUGCCUUGCUUUUCUCCAAUUCAUACAAGAUGAAAUUGUCCAUCUUGAUGGGUUACAUCCAUAUGACCUACUCAUACUUCUUUUCCUUGUUCAACUAUAGAUACUUCAACAGUAUGAUUGAUAUUGUUGGUAACUUUAUUCCAGGUUUGUUGUUUAUGCAAGGUAUUUUCGGGUACUUAUCCUUGUGUAUUGUCUACAAAUGGACUGUUAAUUGGUUUGCUAUCCAAAAACAACCACCAGGAUUGUUGAACAUGUUGAUUUCUAUGUUUUUGUCUCCAGGUACCGUUGCUGAACCAUUGUAUUCGGGCCAAGCCACCGUACAAUUAUUCCUUUUGACCAUUGCUUUGAUUUGUGUUCCUUGGUUAUUGUUGGUUAAACCAUUGUAUCUCAAGAGACAGCUCGACAGAGAAGCUGCCGCCAAUGCCCAAUACUCGCAACUUCCAAAUGAUGAUCUUGAAGAUGUUCACCAUGAUGCCGAUGCUGGUGACGACGAUGACGAAGAUCACGAAGAACACGGAUUUGGAGAUAUUGUCAUUCACCAAGUCAUCCACACCAUUGAAUUCUGUCUUAACUGUGUCUCCCAUACUGCAUCUUACCUUCGUCUUUGGGCAUUGUCGCUUGCCCAUGCCCAAUUAUCCACCGUGUUGUGGUCAAUGACUAUUGGUAAUGCGUUUGGAAGUACAGGUAUAGUUGGGGUUUUUGCCAUUGUAUUCUUAUUCGCUAUGUGGUUUACUUUAACUGUGUGUAUUUUGGUGGUUAUGGAAGGAACCAGUGCCAUGUUGCAUUCGUUGAGAUUGCAUUGGGUGGAAAGUAUGUCCAAGUAUUUCGAAGGUGGUGGUGUGUUGUAUGAACCUUUUGGAUUUAAGGGGUUAUUGGAUAAUGUAUUGUAA